UCAGUCUUUCUCAACUUAAACAUAAAAUGGCACAGUUUCCAGUUGACAUGCUCGGGGCGGUGUUCGUUGGGCAUGUUCUAAGGCAGAUGGGCCACCGCACGUUGGCUGUUGGCUAAAAUGUUAAUGUUAUAAAUAAAUAUUACUAUUCCGGCCUGGUGCGAGUUUAUGACCAAGGCCCAGAAGAAGCGAAACACCCUGCAUUCCCCUGCUGAAGCACUACUGCGUGUUUUCUGCCGUGUCCCAUCGCUUGACGUUAUUUCCAUAAGUUGAUGCAGUGUCAAGCCUCCAUAUUACCUCAAACGCAUUUAAAAACAGGAGGAUGGCACCGUGUUACCAGCCAUUUAACUCGUGCUAAUGUUUAAUGGAUUAUAUGCAAACGUCAGGGUGCCAUUAGCUAGCAGACGAUAGCCAGCAAAUGUUGUAGAGCUGCGUUAUGCUGUGGAGAGUUACCUAGGCGGGUGAGCUGACUUUGCUAGCCAACGUAACGUUACUGAAUUUAUCUAGCUUGGUAAGAUUUGACUUUGCUGACGUUAUUGAAUUUAUAUUGGAAAGAUCUGCUACCCGGCAACAAUUUUCAAAUACUAUUUUCUGGUUGCUGGCGUGCUAGUUCGUGGACAGCAUUUAGCAACGGUCUGGCUGUAGCUGCAUUUUUAUCACUGAUUAAUCCAGUGCAUUGAUUUAUCUUAUAGCUAGCCAAGCUAAGAUCGCAUGUACGGUCGUUGGCUAGGUAACCACUGGGAGCUGUUUGUAUGUCACCUAAACUCGUUUAACGUUAUUUUUGACGAGCUGGUCGUACUGAUGCGUUAUCUGAGAUAAAGGGAAUGGAUACUUAAAGUCCUUGUGAUUUCUUUUUGGACGUGGUCAGCUAAGCUAGCCAGUGUUUUGUAAACGAGCUGGUUUAGUUGGCUAACGGCUGCUAGCUCAUUCUGACUGGGUGUGCGGCGAUUUAGUUGCUAGAUCUCGCUGCUUUUGUCGGUUACUGGGAUUCACCAUUUUAGCUUUUUGGCAUGUCGCGUUUUUGUGCAGGACACCCGUUGACUAAAGACAUAUUUUCGGCUGAGUUAAACCAAUCUAUUAUUUUUAUAUAUAUAUAAACGUGCGUACAUUGUUGGCUGGCUGGUGUUCAUGGCAGAUGCACCGGACUGGCGUAGAUUACCGAGGCAUUACCAGUUGGGCAUGUCAGUUGGCAUGCUAUUUAGCAAGACGUGAGAGAUUUCUAGACUGCUUCAACCAUGUCGAUGUCGAUAGUAUUUGUUUAUAUUUGUGUCCUUCAAAAAGACUUACGUGUCAGUCACUGGAUCAGCCCUUUCGAAACAUAACAUAAAUGUUACUUAUAGAACGUUUUGCAUCUUAAUGGUUCUUUAUUUUUGUUUAUCUUGAAGCUACAUUCAAGGAUUAAUGUGCAUAGCUCACACAAACUCCAAAGUGAGCUAACGUCAAGUACCCUACCAGUAUUCACCCCCAUAGAUUCAUGCUGUUUUUGUUCUGAGAGUAGUUGUACUUAAAUUGGGAUACUAAUGUACUGUCUUGUCUGUCUUUAUUGAAGCAAAUGAACGGGUCUUCUUGGCUUUCCCAUGUGGCUGAACUGGCUCGUAUUGCCAGGUCGCUGAGAUUGUCCGAUAAGAAUCAACAGGGCAGAAAAUACACCACACCAUCUCUCGCUCUCUGAUCAGAUAGCACCGUUAUUAAAAGGAUAGCGUAUGUCGUUGUGGUCAGCACGCAAUGAGUACCGAAAGCUGCAAUUAAUUAAAAUUAAUGAGCUCAAAUGGACGUAGUGAAUGGUUAAAUGUAAUUUAGAAGCGCACAGGAUGUGCAUUAGCGGCUUUCAUGGUAAUUUGUACGAGGAUUCCUGUGGUGGGCGAGCAUUUUCCCCUCUACACCGCUGACAAGCGCUCGCGGACACACUGAACGUGACGCCUAACGGCGGUGCCGAACGCAGAAGAGCGUGUUGCUGUUCGGCAAGGCGUUCCUUACCCAGCACGACCUUUCUGUGUCAAGACUCAAAAGUGUUAUAGGAAUUGACAAGACAGAGGAAGGAGCCGGUAUAGGACACGCGGAGGGGCCGCUGUUUUGAGCGGGGGUGGGGUUACCCCCGUUUUUUCCAUUGCCGGAAGAAGGUGGUUGAGAUUUAGCGCGUGCUGAUCCGAGAGGCCGGGGCCUGCGGUUCCACCGGCUUGGUGUGCGCUCAAGGAGGGCGCAACAGUGUCAAAGGUCCUUCUUCUCCUGCGAUUGCCUUCAAUGGAGUUUACGCCAACAUGCGGAUGGUGCACGUGCUGACCUCGGUGGUGGGAACCAAGUGCGAGCUGAAGGUGAAAAACGGAGUGGUUUACGAAGGAGUGUUCAAGACCUACGGUCCAGAGUGCGACCUGGUCCUGGACGCCGCCCACAGGAAGAGCUCGGACCCGUGUCUGGCCCCGAGGCGGGAGGACAUCGUGGAGAGCAUCAUCUUCAAGGCCUCGGACGUGGUGGUGGUGCAGUUCAAAGAUGUGGACCUCAAUUAUGCCCGGAAAGUUUCUUCAGAAACAGAUAACUUCACGGACUCUGCGGUCAGUGUGAGCGCGCGCAUUAACGGCGAGCACAAGGAGAAGGACCUGGAGCCGUGGGACGGGGGAGAGCAGCACGGCUCCGACAGCCUGGAGUCGCUGGACACGGACGUGUCGAACGGCUGGGAUCCCAACGAUAUGUUCAAGUUCAACGAGGAGAACUACGGGGUGAAGUCAACCUACGACAGCAGCCUGGCCUCGUACACGGUUCCUCUGGAGCGCGAUAACUCUGAGGAGUUCCUGAAGAGGGAGGCGCGGGCAGCCCAGCUGGCCGAGGAGAUCGAGUCCAGCGCCACCUACAGGGCGCGCGUGGCGCUGGAGAACGACGACCGCUCCGAGGAGGAGAAGUACACCGCCGUCGUCCGCGGCGACCGCGAGCCUCACGCCAUCAACAGCAGCAGAGAAAACAAGUACAUUCCUCCGGGCCAGAGGAACAGGGAGGGGAUGUCGUGGGGCGCCGGCCGACAGAACUCUCCCAGGCUGGCACAGGGCAGCUCCGGCCCCCCCACCCCGUCCGGGCCCCCCCCUCCCCGCGCCACGCCGCACGACUACAGCCCCAGCUCCGGAGCUGACCAGCGCGUCGUCAACGGAGGUGCCCCCUGGCCAUCGCCUUGCCCAUCUCCUUCCUCCCGCCCACCUUCCCGCUUCCAGUCAGGCCCCGCCUCCCUCCCGCCCCGGGCCUCCACCCCCACCCGGCCGCCCUCCCGCCCCCCCUCCAGGCCCUCGCGGCCCCCGUCCCACCCCUCUCCUCACGGCUGUCCGGCUCCCGUCUCUCCUCUGCCUAAACGCUUGUCCACUGAAGGUCCCCCCAGGAUGUCACCAAAGACGCAGCGGACCCCCCGGACACACCGUGUGCCCAGUGGCCGCGGGGGCGCCCCCCCGGGGGUGGACUUCAUUUCCCACAAUGCCCCGGGAGACGUGUCCACCACCCCGCCCGCUCGGAGCAGCCCCUCCGGCGGCACCUGGUCUUCCGUGGUCAGUGGAGAGUCCCGGGUUCGAGCCUGCGGUUUGUGUCCCACAGCACACAGACCCCGCUCCCCCAGGCAGAACAGCCUGGGCAGCGCCCCCAGCGGGCCCGCCUCUAUGCCCUCCCCCCAGGCUGGCACCGCCCCCAUCGACCCUGUGACCACGCCCACCUCCGCCGUGUCGCCGACCGCCGCCAGCCCUGCUUCCAACCGGGCCGUGACUCCCUCAGCCGAAGCGAAAGAGUCUAGAGUCCAGGAGGCGAGGCAGAACUCGCCCGCCGCCGGCAAGGACUGCGCCAAACCCAGCGAGGCGCCCCCCAACGUCAGCCGGCCCAUCGGCAAGGGCCCUCCGGCUCUGGCUCCAGAUCACAGAAAACAGAUCGACAAUCUGAAGAAGUUCAGCGUGGACUUUAGGUUGCAGCCGAGCUCCACCGCGGACGCGGCGUUUGACCAAAUGAUGACCAAACCGCCGCGGGACACCGGCGACAAGCCCAAGGAGCUGGCGCUGGGCAAGGGGGCGGAGCCUGCGGGGAAGGCGGGCCAGGAGUCGGGCGCCGGCGAGGACCCCGCCCACCUCCCCACCGCCGUGGGCGUGCCCGCCAGCAGCGGCAGCAGCAAGCCCGGCAGCCCCUCCUCUUCCUCCUCCCCUUCCUCCUCCUCCUCCUCCGGACUCUGCCCCGCCCCUGAGCAGAAGCGGGGGCCCGACGUGACCUCACAGGGGGUCCAAACGUCCAGUCCCGGCGCCAGCCUCAAAAUGGAGGGAAAAGACGAGAGAGAGGAGAAGAAAGACCCGGUGCCUGAGCAAGUCCGAAAAUCAACCCUCAACCCAAACGCCAAGGAGUUCAACCCAAGAGCCUUCUGCUCCCAGCCCAAGCCGGCGACCACGCCCACCCCGCCCCGCCCCCAGGGCCAGCCCAGCCCCUCCAUCGUGGUCCCGCAGCCGCCCACUGUGUACAGCCAGACUGUCUGCUUCCCCCAGAUGUACCCCCUCACCCCCGUGAGCCCGGGAGUGCAGAAAAGCAUUAUCUGGAAGCCUCCAGCUAUGUACCACGUCCAGGUGCCGCACAUGACAGUGAGCCAGAGCAAGUCCUACAGAGCAGGUAAAGUUCCCAGCAUGCCCCAGCAGAGACCGGACCAGCACCACCCGCAGGGCACGCCCACCAUGAUGCACCCGGCCACCGCUGCCGGCCAGCCCAUCGUGGCCCAAAGCCCCGCCUACUCUACGCAGUACUUCGCCUGCCCCCAACAGUUCUCCAGCCCCCCGCUAGUGCAGCAGAUGCCCCACUACCAGUCCCAGGCCCAGCACGUCUUUAGCCCUGUGAUGCAGGGCGGGGCCAGGAUGAUGGCUCCGCCCACGCACGGCCAGGCCAGCCUGGUGUCGUCGUCAACCACCCAAUACGGAGAGCAGACGCACACCAUGUACGUGUCUCCGGGUCCGAUCCCGCAGCAGUACACCCACCCCAGCGCCACGCUGCACCCCCACCCGCAGCACCCCCAACAAUCGGCCACGCCCACUGGCCAGCAGCAGCCCCAGGGUCAGCACGGAGGCAACCACCCCCCCGCCCCCAGCCCAGUGCAGCAUGCUCAGCAUCAGGCUGCUCAGGCCCUGCACCUGGGGAACCCCGGCCAGCAGCCCAUGUACUCCGCCCUGGCCCCCACCCCCCCCUCCAUCACCCCGGGACCCAACCCCCAGUCCCCCCAGACCAGCUACCCCUCUGCCCAGCAGACCGUCUACAUCCACCCCCAGCAGCACGGGUACAACCACUCCCACAUGGCACACGUGCAGCAGGCUCAUAUGCAGUCUGGGAUGGUUCCUUCCCAUCAUGCCACGCCCACUCACCCCCCAAUGAUGCUGAUGGCGACGCAGGCGCCGGGCGGCCCCCAGCCCCCCCUCCAGCAGAGCGCCCUGCCCCCCAUCCCCGUGUCCUCCACUGCGCACUUCUCCUACAUGCCCCACCCCUCCGUGCAACCCCACCACCAACAGCAGUUGUAGGAGAAGCAGAAGAGGGGAGCGGUUUCUUCUUCCAGCCCCCCCCCCCCCCACCGUGGAUCCCCGAAAAGAAGAAAACAGGGAGGGGGGGUCCUCUCGCCCCUGC